UGGUCUCCUCUUCGAAAGGCCAAUGUGACGUCACAGCAGUGAUACAGCAGUGAUGUGAAACGAGGUCGCUGGUGGUAGUGAGACCUCUCGGUGUCUUUGGUUUUGCGGAGACUGGGAGAUCGGGAGAGCGGAUAUACGAGACUUGACUCCGCUGAGGGAAGCGUUGCGCAAACGAAGUGUUUUUCGAGCGCAACUUCAGAAAGCGUCAGGGAGGUUAGGCCUAAUCAACUGUCAAAUCAAAUGAUAAUUGUGCUCCUUCAACCGUCGUGUCUCUCCGUCUACCGUCGUUCGUUAACUGAUGGUCUGAAGUCAAGACUUAGGUCGGAGGUCGCCUGUCAUUAUCCCAUUGAUUUGUUACCUUCCUUCUUUGACAUGGAUCUAAUUGGUAACGGUUAUUUGCCACAGCUUUACAGAGAGUGAACAGAACUCAAUCCCCAACAAACAAGUUCUUAUUCAAAUAGAUUAAUUAUGUUUUCCCAAAGGAAUGUGCUUUUGGAGAAGUGAUGCUGCCCUUGGAAAUCUCAUGGUUGCCUUGUUCUGAGUAGAUUGGUGAGUGCUGCUUAUAUGGAGCUGGCUGGAUGUUAUAUAUGUGAUCUAGUUCUAACCCACACUCAUUUUACAAAGCAUCCUAGGUAUGCAAAAACAUACACUGGGAAACUAGAAUAUAAUUUAAUUAAAUAGGAAAGUAUUCUACAUACUAGAAUACAAUACAAUUGAAUAGAAGAGAAUAUGACUUCAUUGUCUAUCCGGAGAUUCUGAUGCCACCGGACCUGCCAGUACAUUCUAAUGUUAAAGCAUGUGAAAACAACACAGAAGCUAAUUCUCUCUAUCGGAACCAUGGAAAGGUGUUUCGAAGAGGCAGAGACACAUGGGAUAUAGCAGACAGAAGGACUCCUCUCACCCUGUACCGAGAUCUAAAACCUCUACUAUCCCUGUGGGAAUAUGUACAACCAUCCACCUCUCCAGGACAAAGGAUUUCUAACUAAUACAGAGUCUGGAACAAUGCCAACCCCAGAGAGAGGCUGUCUGGAAUGUCUUUUACCUUGUUGUUAUUUGUUAUCAAGGGACACAAACAAACAAGAAGAUGUUAUCAGAGAUGUUUGGAUGAAAAGGAGAAACCCAGAGGACUUUCCUUCUGACGUGGCUCUUCUCUACACUAUGAUCUGAUUGACCCCCUGUCCCCCAGUCUCCCCGCCCCUCCCCCACCACACAUCUUCCCUCUCCCGUGUGGGAUCUCCACCGAAGAUGGAUCUGACGAAUGACACUACGGUCAUCACAGACAGCGACAUGGGCGUCUUAUUGGAUGACUCCUCAACCCGCGUCCUGACUGGCUGUUUCCUCUCGCUGCUCAUCCUCUGCACGUUGCUCGGCAACAUCCUUGUGUGUGCCGCCGUCACCAAGUGCCGUCACCUGCAUUCCAAAGUCACCAACUUCUUUGUGAUCUCGUUGGCCGUCUCCGACCUCCUGGUCGCUGUCCUGGUGAUGCCGUGGAAGGCCGUGACGGAGGUCGCAGGGUUCUGGCCGUUUGGCUCGUUCUGCGACACUUGGGUGGCGUUCGACAUCAUGUGCUCCACGGCGUCCAUCUUGAACCUGUGUGUGAUCAGUGUGGAUCGUUACUGGGCAAUCUCCAGCCCGUUCCGCUAUGAGAGGAAGAUGACUCCUAAAGUGGCGUUUGUAAUGAUCAGCGUGGCCUGGACGCUCUCCGUCCUCAUCUCCUUCAUCCCCGUCCAGCUCAGCUGGCACAAAGCUCAGACCUUUACUUCUACCUCCACAACCCCACCCUACAGCCUCCAGCCUGCCCCAGACUCCUCCAACCCUGUUGGGGAUAACAACACACAUCAGCCCCCCCGGGACUGGGACAACUGUCACUUCAGCUUGAACCGGACCUACGCCAUCUCUACCUCUCUGAUCAGCUUCUAUAUCCCAGUGAUCAUCAUGGUGGUCACCUACACCCAGAUUUACCGCAUCACUCACCGUCAGAUCAGAUGCAUCGCCACCCUAGAAAGGGCCGCAGAGAGCGCCAAGAACCGACAGAACAGUAUGGGUGGAGGUGGCGGAGGAUCCAGCAUCUCCGAAUCAGAGAGCUCGUUCAAGAUGACGUUCAAACGGGAGACAAAAGUCCUGAAGACGCUGACUCUGAUCGUGGGCGUGUUCGUGUGCUGCUGGCUGCCCUUCUUCAUCCUGAACUGCAUGGUGCCGUUCUGUGAGCCGUCGCCCCGCGGUGCCGCCGCCUCCUUCACCUGUAUCAGCCCCACUAUGUUUGAUGUGUUUGUGUGGUUGGGCUGGGCCAACUCUUCCAUCAACCCCAUCAUAUACGCCUUCAACCCAGACUUCCGUAAGGCCUUCUCUAUCCUCCUGGGCUGCCACAGACUCUGUCCCGGAGAUCACGGCAUGUCUCAAUAAGAAAUGAGCUCAGCGCCUCAGAACCUCCCGUGGUAAUACAACAUCUGCUGAGACACUGGUCUCAGAAGAGGAUCUACAGGACCAGCUGUCAUUGAACAACAGAGACCCAUGGCAUGCCAUCAUCUGGUGCAUUGUAUCACCAUAAGCAAGCAGAGUAAGCAUUACAACCUUGGUGUAAAAGGUUUGAUGUUGUCAUUGAGGGUGCCGCCACUUAUCAUGCAGUAUGAUCUGACUUGGCACUGCAAUAAGAGAUGAGCGACACUGUGCAGUGUCCCUGACUGCAGUGAAUGCGGUGAGUCCAGUGUCUCUAUAGAGUAGAUACUACAGUGAGUCAGGGCCCCAGACUGGAGGGGGGAUGAAGUAAGGAGGAAAAAGGGUGAAGGAUGUGAUAUUAAGACUGUGUGUGAAAGAGUACAGGAGGAGAGAGAGCAGUGCUAAUGAUUCUCUGGGAUUGAUAAUCCACAGACUGGGCAGGCAACACGCACGCACGCACGCACGCACGCACGCACGCACGCACGCACGCACGCACGCACGCACGCACGCACGCACGCACGCACGCACACACACACACACACACACACACACACACACACACACACACACACACACACACACACACACACACACACACACACACACACACACACACACACACACUCUCUAUGACCGCUACAGAUCUCAAAUGUCAUAGGGAUUUAAGACUCAAACCAAAUCAUAUUUAUGUAUGAACAUAAACAUGUGAAUUUAUCCACAAGUGACUUAGAAAGGGCUCUACUGAAGCAGCUAGAAGGAUUUCAGACUGUCCAGUAGAGAUUUACAUUGUGUGCAUUAUUGUGAACGUUAAACAAAAAAUAGUGAAUUUAGCAGAACGUUCAAAAACAGGGCCACUUUAUUAGAAAAGUGAAGAGAUGUAAUACAAUACUUCAAGAAAAUAUGUUAUUUUUUACAAUGUGUUCUCUUACAAACAGUAACUUUGAGUGUUGUUAAAGUCCAUACAAAUACUGCCAGUGUUUUAAAUGAUGGGGGACACUUUACGGUUAACUGAAUAAUCUUUCUAAUGAUGUAAUGAAAUUCAGAAAGCAUAAGGCUUUUUCAUAACAAACACCAAUUUAAUUUGGAUUUUCAAUCCCUCUCCAAAGUGUUUUCCCUUAUUAAUGAGCUCCUCAUCUUGCACUGUGUCUGUGGCUUUUCCAAAGCAAUGCAAGGUGACUCAACAAGGUCUCACAGUCACUGCAGAAUGAGACGUUCAGCCAUAUUCUCCAAACGUCAACUUUCAAAGUUAAAGGUUUAGGUUUUAGGCACUCUUUCCAAAUGGUUACGGUAAGGGUUACGGUUUGAGAUAGGGUUAAAACAUUUGUUUUAAGAGAGAGAGAGAGAGAGAGUGAUCAAACACGCAACAUUCUGAUCCAGAGUCAUGAGUCAUGGGAUUGCGGUCAUUUGCCACCCCUGUCCACAACACCCUAGGAAAACUCAAGUCUGUCUGUCUCUCUGGGUCCAUCUCAAGUGGCAACCUGUUCCCUAUAAAGUCUGUCUGUCUCUCUGGGUCCAUCUCAAGUGGCAACCUGUUCCCUAUAAAGUCUGUCUGUCUCUCUGGGUCCAUCUCAAGUGGCAACCUGUUCCCUAUAUUGUCUGUCUGUCUCUCUGGGUCCAUCUCAAGUGGCAUUCUGUUCCCUAUAAAGUCUGUCUGUCUCUCUGGGUCCAUCUCAAGUUGCAUUCUCUUCCCUAUAAAGUGCACUACCUUUUAUCAGGACCCAUAAGGUGCAAUUUGGGAUGCAGCCUCUCUUUCUCUCUCUCUCUCUCUCUCUCUCUCUCUCUCUCUCUCUC